UGUGGCCGGAAGAUGUGUGUCGGCUGUUGUGAUAGCUGCCUUGACGCAGCUCCAUACAGAUGCCUGCCAUCACUGUACCUGGAUGAGACGCUCCUGCAUCCAGCUGGGUUUCUCGCACCGUACCGCCGUGUGUCAGGCAGGGGACAGGAAAGAAGGACCGGGCGGCCGGGGAUAUACUAAACCAUCGGGUACCGUGGAGGCUGGAUAAAAAGAUACAGGUGUCCGACGAGACCCGGUUGCUGCCUGGCGACGAGGAAAGGGGGGUCUCUCCGCAUCUGUUGCCUGGGUGAAUUCAUUAACACGUUAGCAUCAAGCUAGUUAGCCUAAUUUGCAGGUACAUAACACAACGAGGUGUAAGACACCGUUACACCGAAAAUCACGAAUGUCAUCUUUGGUUUUUAGGUGACAGCGUUCGACAUGGGUCUUUGGUAAAAACCGGUUUCCGUUACGGGGCUAUGUAUUAUGUUUAGAGGAAAGGACCUAAAGGUGUAGGAAUGGGUUUCAUGUAAGUAUAGGGAGCUAACGGGAGCUAGCAGGCUAGCUUCAUGGACACAGUGGUGGGCUAUGCGGCUGCUGCAGCCCGCAGCCUGUAGCUACACCCUGCGAGCUAACAUGGAGUCUAUGUUCCGCAUGAAGCCUCACGGUGUCACAUGCAUGCAUACAAUGAUAACAGGGCAUUCGAUAGUCAGCUAGAAGGCCGACGCGAAAAUGGAGUCUUUUCUGCAGAUAGCCCCCCAUUCACUGGCUAUAGUACUGUCCAGGGUUGGGGCUGGGGAUGCGGGGGGGGCGGCCGGGGUGUCAGAGAGCGAUGCGCUGCCGAGACACCACACCGGCUAUGAGAUUUUUGCCGACUUUAAAGCAGAAAAUACCCAGCAUCAUGUAUGGAACCAGAGGAUUACUGAGGCUGUGUCCGAGACCUUCUUUCUGGGAUGGAUAGAUGAGCAUGUGCUGCUGAUCCAGGGGAAGGAGGACCACCUAGAGGUGCUGAGGGAGGGAUGGAUGCGGAGGUCCCUCAAUCCGCCACGAGGAUUCACCAUCAAAUACCUGGGUGAUGUGUCACCCAUCAGUAUGUCCCCCAUCAGCCAAUCCCAGUUCAUCCCUCUGGGAGAAGUGUUGCUAUUGGCUAUCUCUGCUAUGAACUCUGCUCACAAGGCUGUCACUCAGGAGGCCCUCACCGAACACCUGCAGACAUGUUUCCCAGGUGUUCCCACCCCAACAGAGGAGGUUCUGCACCACACGCUAAGCAUGCUGGUCCGUGAGCGGAAGAUCUACCCAACCCCCGAUGGAUAUUUUAUCGUAACCCCCCAGACGUACUUCAUCACACCGAGCCUAAUCCGAACCAGUUCCAAGUGGUACCACUUAGACGAGCGAUCCGCUGACCGCCACCAACAGCAGCAGCAGCAGCACCAGAACCAGCAGCAGCACCAGAACCAGCAGCAUCAGCAGACACAGUGCACCUCCCCCCUCUCUGGCACCAUCACGCCCUCCACCUCUGGAGCCGUACGAGAACGAACACACCCAAAGUCCAGCCAGAACCACAGUGGGGGCGGAGGUGGGGAUCCUUUUUACAACAACAGUUACCGUGGAGACGACCCCCCUAGCCACCACACCACCCUGCAGCGUCGAUCUCCCAAAGACCACCGGGAGGCGUACUCGUCUCCGCAUUCCCCGCAAACCCCUCCUCAGCCAGCAGGAAGCAACGCAGAAAAGAGUCGCAGCACCCUUGGGUUCCCCUUCAAGACGGACACGCUCACAAAGCAUCGAAGUGGGGGAGGGGGAGGAGGAGGGGGAGAGAUAGAAAAACCAGCAGGUGGAGGAAGUGGGACAGGAAGUCGGAAAUUUGGUUUGAAGCUGUUCCGUCUAAGCUUUAAAAAGGACAAGACCAAGCAGCUGGCCACCUUCUCUGCACAGUUCCCGCCUGAAGAGUGGCCGCUGCGGGACGAGGAGACGCCCAGCCAGCUGCCCCGCCAUGUGGAGAUGGAGAUCAUCCGCAGAAUCAACCCUGACCUCACGGUGGAGAACCUCGCCCGGCACACAGCCGUCAUGAAGCGCCUCGAGGAAGAGCGUGCUCAAAGGAGCAAAGCGUCGUCAGCCAAUCAGAGCUCAAGGAGUAGGAGAAGUGGGGGGAGACACAGGAAGCAGUCUCAGACCAAACUCAGUCGCUCACAUAGCAAGACGAGGGCGUCCCGUGGCGAGCCGAGCGACCUGGAGCUGGACCGGGACUACAGAGCCUACUCGUCCUCGCUGGCUCGGUCGCCUAGGGAACACGCCCUGGCCAUGGAUCGGCAGCGAGCCCGCCUCCACCUGGCACACAGCAACCCCAACAUCCUGGAGUCCUCCCACCUGCCUGUUACACCAGAGUGGGAUGUGUCCGGGGAACUUGCCAAGCGGCGCACAGAGAUGCCUUUCCCAGAGCCGAGCCACGGUCCAUCAGCCCACCACUCCAAAGUCCACCGCUCCCACUCCCACACCCAGGAGAGGAAAUCCAGAAACGAGCGCAGCGACAAGGCCAAGGAGCGCUCCAGGUCCAUGGACAAUUCUAAAGGACCGCUUGGAGCAGGGUUGAUUGGCCCACCUGAUUAUUACGACGAGCGGAGCCGGUACUAUACUGACGAUGGCACACUGCGAGCCAAUCAGAGCACUUCUCACUACUCUCGUGCCACCCCCACCUCGAAUAAACUGCCUGCAGAUUCUCUGGGAUUGGAUGGUGGCAGGAGUUUAGAGAAGAGUAAGAGCAGGGACAGCCUGCCUGCAUACUCACCCAAACCCCUGCUCUGCGCCCUCCCACCCGACGAUUACUUCCAGUGCUCAGGGUCCUCGGAGACAGCUCUCAUAGCAGCAAACUCCCUGGGGACUCUGGGCAGGAGCAGCCAUGAUGGACUGAAGCUAGGCAGCGCUGACAGACAGACACCCCAUCCCCUCGAAAAUAAGGAGGACUUGUCAAAGUUGGGUCCUAAGGGUGGCAGUCUGCCUCCAAUACCCCUCUCCCUCCCUGACCCCCCUCUUCCUAAUGGCAGACCUCCCCACAGUGCCUCCUCGGGUCAGGAGAAACGUAAGGAAAUCUUUAGUAAAGACACACUCUUCAAACCCCCUCCCAGCCUCCCCCUGCCCGGCUACAGCUCCCUUAGAAAAGCCCCGGCCCUCGCCUCCUCUACUUUGUCCUCGUCCUGCGAUGCUCUGGAUUCCCAGGAGGCCUAUGAUGCCCCCAAGCCUCUGGUGGCCACACCGUCCGCCCCCCCACAGGGGAUUGAACCCACUACCAGUGCUGCAGAGGCCUCCUUUGACUACUACAAUGUCUCAGAUGAUGAUGAACUAGAGGAGGGUGGGACUAAAAGUCGAGGAGAGGCCGGGAAUGCUGGAGGGGGUGUUGCUGGGAUGGGAGGCGGGGGGGCAGGGACAAUGCAGUGGCUGUUGGAGAGGGAGAAGGAGCGGGAUCUACAAAGGAGGUUUGAAAGAACUCUCACCUUCCCUGGUGUUAAAGAAACCCUUCCAGAGCCCAGUCAGAACCAGCAGUCGGCCCACUCUGCUCGACUGGACAGCAUGGACUCCAGCUCCGUCACUGUGGACAGUGGAUUCAACUCACCACGGACCAGGGAGAGCCUGGCCUCCAACACCUCCUCCAUAGUGGAGAGCAGUCGUCGGCAGAACCUGGCUCUGAGCCCGGGACACCUUGGCAUCGCCACCGGCACGGGCCCCCCCUUCUCCUUCCGCGCCAUCCCAGAACCUGCAGGCACCCAGCCGGAGAAACUCCAGAAGCCUAGCGCCUGCCUUGCAUCAAUCACCAGUGUCUAGGAGCAGGACUGAUGCUGGGUGCAGCACUGGGGCCACGGAGAGGGGCCGGAAAAUGAACCCCCCCCCCCAAGGACUGUUACAUCUACAAACUGCGGAACUGAACCAGUGUGCUGCCACAGGCCCGCUGUGAAACUACAGCUAUUAACACACACACACACACACAUUCAGACAGACACAAACAGAGCGGUUUAGGCCAACAGGAAACUGCUCUCGCUCUUUCCUUUCUCACAAACACACACCAGGCCACUUGGCAGACUCUGACCAUGUCAUUAUACAGCCUUUAGUUUACACACUACUGUUGUGUCGUUCACUGUGUGUGUGUGUGUGUGUGUGUGUGUGUGUGUGUGUGUGUGUGUGUGUGGUGUGUGUGUGUGUGUGUGUGUGUGUGUUGUGUGUGUGUGUGUGUGUGUGUGUGUGUGUGUG